AUGCUCGAGAAAGUGUUUUUGGCCAACGUGAUUUUAUACGUCGAUUGCUUGGACACUGUCAAAUUAUUUUCCCAAGUGAGCAAGAAGUGUCAAGAGGUACUUUUGAUCCUGAAGGUCAACCCUAUUUUCCCUCGAAAGAACACCCCCUCGACAACAUCUUUGUGUAACGUCUUUUCAAACGAUAAAAUCGACUUAGUGAAGCGAAUCAAAUCAGAACUGAAACUAUUCCCAAACCUUCAAACAUACCAAUUUUCAUCGGGAAUGUUUUCGAUGGGUCUUUUAAGAAUCCUACCGAAGCACAUCAAGAACAUUGUAAUUGGGUUGUCUACUAUUAACUCGCCAGAUAUCUUUUCUGAGGAAGAUAAAGCAAAGAUUGUUUCAAUGUCGGUUGUCUCGAGCGAGCCAUUUGACCUUUCGCAAUUUCCCAAUUUACGGAGAGUCUCUUUAGUAAUCGAUGAAGACGACUACAUCUCCUGUUUCACUGAUAAAACACACCACUUCGACUUUGUCAAAGUGAAGUUGUCCGAACCAAAUUCAUUACCCUUUCUCAUUCAAGCGGAUAAGAUGCCGAUCGACAGGAUGGUAGUUGUUUUCGAUUGUGACGUCGAGUUGGGUAAAGCCAUUAAAAACAUUCCCCAUAUAUCACAGAAGUUUUAUUUGACUAUGGAGUACAUGUACGAGACGAUGCCACUCCAUGUCACACCGUUGUACACUGAUGGCAUGUUUGAGGUUGACCAAGUCGAAGCGUUUGACACCGGAGUUCUCAAAAGAGUGUUACCAACAAAGGUCUACUUUAUUGGGAAAAAUGGUGGUGAAAUCGACUUGCGUGCGUUCACUGAUUUGAAGUCUGUGAAGUACGAAGAGAAGUCGAAGUUCUGUUUGCCAAGUGGGAUCACUCAGCUCCAAGUGGACGAACCACCAACACAAGUGCUUCCCAACCUUCUUGAAAUGUCAGUGGAAAAGUACGACGGGAAUUUGAGUGUUCCAAGUACACUUCGAAGACUCGAGUUGCGGGAGUGUAACAUACAAAUGACAGACAAGAACUUGAGUGUGAAAAUGUGUGGGAUGAGUCGGACGAGUUUUGACCAAGUCACGAUGUUGGAAGGGUUACAAGAAUUAAUGAUGGACAAUAUGGACAUAUCAGUGUCAUUGGAUUGUUUGAAAGACCUUACCAGUGUCGACAUGUCUGUUGUAAAAAUCAAUUGUGACAUCGAGAAGUACUAUCCGAGCAAUUUGAAGAAUUUGGUUUGUGGUCCCGGGCAGCUUAAAAGUGGGUUAAGCAUUGAGGAGUUAUUCAUGUGUUCUGCAAAUGAGAGCGAUUUGGUCAAAUUGGCGAGUUUGCAUAAUUUGAAGACGUUUCAGGCGUGUCGAGUCCACUUUGACUUUUUAAAAAUGGAGCUCCCCACAUCGCUGAGGAGGUUUUUGGUCACCACGACCGACGGAAAUGGAUGUUCUGUUGACUUAAGAAAGUACGAGCAACUCCAAUGGAUAUCAUUUGCUUCGUCAUCGCAAUUGAAAGUGUUAUUGCCGACGAAGUUACCAAAAUUGUCUGUCGAGUAUUGUGAAGGAGUAGUUAUUGAGAAUAUCCAAGACAUUGAAUUAAAGGAGUUGACAUUGAACAACCAAAAAGGAAUCAAUUUGGACAAUAUAAGGAAUACACUGAGUUGGUUGUAUUUGGAUAAAUCAGAUUUGGAAUCAGAAUCGGAGGAGAGUGGUGAGAACCCCGAGAUCGCAGAAAAGCUCAAGAAAUUCACAGAACUCAUGGGAUUUUGUUAA